UCCGCCGCCGCCGCUCGGGGCUGGUUUGGGAGCGAGGCCCUGUAGGCCGCGGCCUGCGGUGGUGGGGCUGCCGGACACCCGCUCACGUCUGCCCUCGUCCCCUGCAGGCCAGUGUCUGCCGGCGCCAUGGACGACGAAGUGAUCCGCAUCGCCAAAAAGAUGGACAAGAUGGUGCAGAAGAAAAACGCGGCUGGAGCCUUGGAUUUGCUGAAGGAACUUAAGAAUAUUCCUAUGACUCUGGAAUUAUUACAGUCUACAAGAAUCGGAAUGUCAGUUAAUGCUAUUCGCAAGCAAAGUACAGAUGAAGAAGUUACAUCUUUAGCAAAGUCUCUCAUCAAAUCCUGGAAAAAGUUAUUAGAUGGACCAUCAACAGAGAAAGACUCUGAAGAAAAGAAAAAGGAAUCUGCAGUUACAUCACAGAAUAGCCCUGAGGCAAGGGAAGAAAGUAGUUCCAGUGGCAAUAUGAGCAGCAGAAAGGAUGAGACAAAUGCUCGAGAUACUUACGUUUCAUCUUUUCCUCGGGCACCAAGCACUUCGGAUUCUGUGCGGUUAAAGUGUAGGGAGAUGUUGGCUGCGGCUCUCCGAACAGGAGAUGACUAUGUUGCCAUUGGAGCUGAUGAGGAAGAAUUGGGUUCUCAAAUUGAGGAAGCUAUAUAUCAAGAAAUAAGGAAUACAGACAUGAAAUACAAAAAUAGAGUACGAAGUAGGAUAUCAAAUCUUAAAGAUGCAAAAAACCCAAAUUUAAGGAAGAACGUGUUGUGUGGGAAUAUUCCUCCUGACUUAUUUGCUAGAAUGACAGCAGAGGAAAUGGCUAGUGAUGAGCUCAAGGAAAUGCGGAAAAAUCUGACCAAAGAAGCCAUUAGAGAGCAUCAGAUGGCCAAGACAGGCGGGACCCAGACUGACCUAUUUACCUGUGGCAAAUGCAAAAAGAAGAACUGCACUUACACUCAGGUGCAAACCCGUAGUGCUGAUGAACCGAUGACCACAUUUGUAGUCUGCAAUGAGUGUGGAAAUCGAUGGAAGUUCUGCUGAGUUGGAAGAAUUUGCAAAAUAUCUGGACCAUUAAGAAAAUGGAUUUUUGUAAUUAGCUUUAAAACUAGGCCAAGCAGCUGGUUUUCCUGCAAAACAAAUUUUUAAAGCAACCUAAAUCCCUUGGGUCAAUCUUUGUUUUCAAGUUAACAUCCCCUUAACGCCUUUUGUAGUCCGAUCAAUAGGGACACCAUAUAAUUCUAUGCCUCUGUUUUAAAGCUUGUUUUUCAUUUUUGUAUGUAAGUCGAUAUUAAAAUUUCAUCAACUAAACUUUUGGCAAUUUAAGGUUUUUUUUCUCCUUCAGAAAAAAGUUCCUUAACUUUUACAGUCUGAAGUAUACACAGUAGAAAUUUACUGUCACUCUGUUAACCCAUAAAUGAAAAUCACAUUGAUUUUGACAUUAUAUUGACAUUUACUUACCAAAUAUUAAAGGAAGAUAAAAGGUAUUAUAAUUUUAAGUUUACCAGCUAUGCUGUGUAUUCAAAUAAUACUUGAGCAGCUUAUCUAAAUUGUACAUAAUAUUUGAAGUAGCAUAUAAAUUUGAUUUUAAUUGUAUUCACAGCCUGAUAUAAUUAGAUAUUACUUUAAAUCUGUAACUAACCGUGAUCAUCAUUUCUUGUAAUUCCCUGUACAUGUGUGUUGUUCUUAAUGGUUUUUACUUUUGGAAAUAUUAACUUCUGCAAUCAUUUUGUUUAUUUACCUGUUGGUAGUAUAUUUUAGUUUUACAGAAAACCACUGUUGCAGUUUAGUAGGAAUUUCAUAAAUGUCUUCCCAGGCAAAGAAUAAAAAGCUUCUGCUGAGUCCCCUCUCCCCUGUUAGGAAGAUACACUGAGAAGAAAAUGUUAGUAUCUUAGAGUAGUUACUAAUCACAGCUCAUGACUUGGAUUUUCACUUGGAAAUUUAUACUGACCAAGGAUUAAACAUAAAGAUUGUUUAAAUCAUUGAAGCUGUCGUCUUUUGAUAUAGAUAUUGCUAGAAAAUAUUUUUGUCCUGAGUUUUAUUUGCUGUCUUUUUUGUUACAUGAUGAUGAUUAAGAUUGUUGAGCCAACAAAGUAUGGACUAUUGACAAGUGGUUUAUGAUGCACAUCUUAACGGUGUUACUUUUUGUUUAGGUAUGUACUAUUUGUUCGGGUUGAAAUAAGAAAAAGGUGUACACCUAGUUGUUCUAGCACAUCUGAAGGCUACUAUGGCAACGUCUGUGUUUGUGCUGGAAUUGCAUUCUCUCCAGAUGUCUGAAGGAAAACUUUGCUAGGUGCUUGCGCUCCUUGCCCUCCUUUCCCCAUUUAUUCUUCUAAGUCAUUUGGAUAUGUUACACAAAAGACUGAAAGGGCCCACCAGUAUGCCUCUGCUUUGUCAAUUCAUCGAUGAAUCGUUUAUCAUUUUAAGAACAAGUUUUUGACAGAGUGAAUUUAAGAAUAAUAUUAGUCCCGCUUUUAAAUUAAAUGAUCCAUUUAAAAUUUGUAAUUCAAUAAAGAUUUUAUUGCUAUUAAA